AUGGAGGGCAACGAACAUAAUUGCUCAGUUGAGGAACUCAUUGAUAAGGGCAUCACCUAUUAUUAUCAAGAAAACUAUCAGAAAUCAAAGGAGAUUUUUAAGAGAGCGUUGGGGAUACAAUCGAAAGAGUUCGGCGAUGAUGAUCUUUCUGUGGCUUCGACACUCCUCUUGAUUGGAAAAGUUCUGAUGACGGAACGAAAGUCGGAUGAAGCUUUAGAGAAAUUAAACAGAGCACUCGCCAUACGUAUGAAAAAAUUGGGAAGACAUGAUGAUACGGCAGAAGCCUUUGCGGAAAUUGGCAGUCUCCUUCUAUCACAAGACGACGACAAAAAAGCCGAACCAAUGUUCCGGAAAGCUCUGGAUAUCAAGCGAGAAAUUCAGCCUAAGAAUCACUAUGACGAGGCGCACCUGUGCCAACUUCUAGCGGACUCGUUGAGAAAGCAAGGUAAAUAUUCAGAAGCAACCAAGGUACUCAAAUUCCAACUUGCGACACUGCUGCAAGUGCAUGGGGAAGACCACCCCGGUGUCAUACUUGCGUAUCAAGGCAUUGCGAAGCUACUAAGCCUUCAAAAUAGGUUAGGCGAUGCUCUUCAGAUAAUUGAUAGAGGGAUUGAAAUUUGCAAACGAUUGCAACGGCUGGGAGACUUCGAAAUACGUUUCCUUGGAGGAACUUUUCAAUGUAAAGGCCAUAUACUAUGCGAACAGGGUAACUUUAAAGCUGCAACGGAGGCGUUCAACAAAGUUCUCUUGAUACAAAAGGAAACGAUAGGUGAAAUGCACCACAGUACAGCCCAGACCUAUGAAUAUCUGGCACUAACAUACGACGGACAAGACAUGAUAGAAGAUGCCAUUCAGUCGUACGCGAAAGCCAUCAGCAUUUCUCGAAAGGUGCCUUGCAAUCAUCAUCCCCACACAGAAGAGCUUGUGCGUUCCCUUGACUUGUUAGAGCGCGAGAAAAAUGCGAGCUCGCUGAACGAACAGGGAUUGGCAAUGAGAGCGAAAGGCAAUUCUGAAAUGGCGAUACAACUCUUCCAAGAGUCACUUGAUAUUUACAGGAAAAUCUCUAUUACCAAUCCCAAUGUAGCAGCAGUGUACGAGCAUAUUUCGUCAAUCAAAGUUGACCAGGGCUUGCUGGAAGAUGCCAUUGCAGCGAGUGCAGAAGCACUCAAAAUUCGUCGAAGAGCGGAUGGUGACGAUAACGCUGACACGAAGCGACGCAUGGAAGAGCAUAGAUCUUUGCUACGCCGUCUCGUAGCGAAUCGGAGCUAA